AUGGAUGACAGCUCCCUGCUCCCUGACCCCACUGCCUUCCCCUACCGGCUCUUCAUCUUCGAGUUUGUGAGUGGCUGGCGCGUCCGAACCGAGGAGGGGGCGGGACGGGCCGGGUCGCGUUUUAUCGCGGGGGCUCCGCACAGCCGACUGGACCAGAUCCACAAGUUGCGGGGUCCCCGGAGCAUCGGGAUAGUGGGGCCAGGCAUGGGGCAGAUGCUGGAAGCGGGCCAGGGUCCAUUCCCUGCGCUGGUUCUGAAGCUGCCCUCCCCCUUCUCAUGGGCCGCGCAGAGGAAGCCCUUAUUGGAGAGCGACGUCCUAGCAGUGGUGCCCAACUCUGUCCAGGGAUUUGUAUUUAAAUUUGUCUUUGGGGGCCUGGUGUGGAUCCUCAUCGCCUCGUCCCUGGUGCCCUUCCCUCUGACCCAGGGCUGGGUGAUGUUCGUGUCUGUGUUCUGCUUCAUCAGCACCGCUGUCCUGUUCUUGUCGUACACGAUUGGUGGCCACUAUGAGGAGACUUCCUGGGUCACCCUGGAGGCAGCCUACCACAGUAUCGCCACUGUUUUUUACCUCAGUGCUGCUGUCCUGGAAGGUUUGGCUGCCAUCUCCAUGCACAGUGGCUUCAUGCAGGAACAUUACCUUGAAAACGCCUUUGCUACGGUGUUUGCAUCCCUAGCCACUCGGCUGUACGUGGAACAUACAUGGUUUUCCUUAAUCAGAUGGAAGUGGUUUUCGUUAAGGAGGAAAAGAACUUUAGCUGAAAACCCAGACAGUGUAAACUGA